UACUUUCGCGAUUUUGCUUCCAAAUUCUUGCUAAAUCUCUGCGGUUUCGUGCGGUCUGCGCUUUAUUUGAGGCUUCAACAACAGUUUCCCAAGACCAAAAUCAGGUAAUGUUUAUGAAUUUUUUAUUUUAAUUUGGUCGAAGUGCUGUUCUCCUUUCUCCCUUUCUGUGUUUGAUGUUGGGUUUUUUGGAGGAAAUUAGGGUUGGGAGUGAGAAUGCAUUGAGUGUGUUAGAAUUAUUAAGGGUCUUGACGUCGUUCUUCCUCCCCCUUUAUGCAGAAAUUGAGAUGUCUUCAGAAGAGGCCAUGAGUGUAGUGGGAAGUGAGGUGAUGCUCCUGGGGUAUGGUAGCAUGGAUUCGGAGAGCAGUCCGUCUCCAACUAGUUCGGAGAGAACGGUGGAGGAUAUAAGGGGGCGAAGGGUAGUAGAAGUAGAAGAGGAGGAAGAUGAAAUCCCCUCAAACAUUUUGGAGGCUGGAGGUGGUGUAGAUGGGUGUUAUGAGCCAGAUUUAGAGAUAGUGUCUGAGGUGAGGGGGUAUGUGAGUGAGUUAGGUAGCAGGGAUAGUCUGAGGGGCCUCGUGGGUAAUUGUAACCUUCCUCACCACGUCUUAAUUAGGCCUGCCGGGGUGAACGAGAGGGCAUGCUCAACACCCUGGGACCAUUGGAUGCCCCUCUACAUCCAUUAUUUGAUUGCAGGGCUUAGGAGGGAUGCCGAAGUGGAACAGUUGUCUGCUUGGAAAGCUAAGAAAACCAAGCAAAACAACUAUAAAUUAAAUGAGGAUGAGGUGGAGGAGCUAGAAAAGAUGGUGAGGGAGGAGGGGGACAUAAUGGAUAUCCUGUACCUCACCAGUCCGAAGGCAAUAGAGGCUGUUGAGCUCUAUGGGCCAAGCUCAUUAAGCGAAGCUGAGAUGGACGAGUUUAUAAGUGCUGCUGGGGGGCUGCGCAUCCCAAAGAAGCCAAGGAAGAGCUUAUCUUGUGCCAUUUUUUAUGUCUGUUUGUUGUGUCUGUUUUAAGUAAAUCACUUCGGAUGAAAUAAAGUGACUUUAAUUGA